AUGUUUGGGACGCAAACACUCGGUGCCAAUCCGGGCUUUGGAAGCCCGACGGCUACUACAACGACCAAUCCGAUGAAGGACUUUGAGGUGACCGCGCCACCGGAGGAUACGGUGUCCGCGAUGGAGUUCAGUCCGGCAACGUUGCAGCAGAAUUUUCUCAUCGCCGGCAGCUGGGACUGCAGCGUGCGUUGUUGGGAAGUAGAACAGUCGGGUAAGACUGUACCGAAAUCCAUAAAAACCAUGGGCGGGCCAGUGCUGGAUGUAUGCUGGGCUGAUGACGGCAGCAAAGUGUUUAUCGCCUCGACGGACAAACAGGUCAAGUGUUGGGAUCUGGCCUCGGAUCAGGUGGCACAGGUAGCACAGCACGAUGCAGCCAUCAAAACCUGUCACUGGAUCAAGGGUACGAACUACACUUGCCUGAUGACUGGUUCGUGGGAUAAAACGCUCAAAUUCUGGGAUACACGAACACCACAGCCCAUGAUGUCCAUUCAGCUGCCGGAACGUUGUUACUGUGCGGAUGUGGAUUACCCGAUGGCCGUGGUAGGUACAGCGGGACGGCAUGUGUUGAUAUACUCGUUGGAAAACAAGCCGACGCAGUUCAAACAGCAGGAAAGCCCGCUCAAGUAUCAGCACCGAACUGUGUCUGUGUUUCGCGACAAAAAGAAAGCACCUACCGGUUACGCUCUCGGAAGUAUCGAGGGUCGCGUCGCCAUUCAGUACGUCAGUCCGCUGAAUCCAAAGGAUAAUUUCACCUUCAAGUGUCAUCGUUCGAACGGAUCGACCGGUUACCAGGAUAUCUACGCAGUGAACGAUAUCGCGUUUCAUCCGAUCCAUGGCACGUUGGCUACGGUGGGUUCGGAUGGAACAUUCAGCUUCUGGGACAAAGAUGCUCGCACCAAGCUGAAAUCUUCCGACACGCUGGAUCAAUCGAUAACCAAAUGUUGUUUCAACAGCAACGGACAGAUCUUUGCAUACGCCGUCGGGUACGAUUGGUCGAAGGGACACGAAUACUACAAUCCGCAGAAGAAAACUUAUAUCUUCCUUCGCUCGUGCUAUGAUGAGUUAAAACCACGGGCCUCCAGCUAA